GGCCCUGGCGGCGCGCACGGCAUGGCGGCGGCGGCGGCGGCGGCGGCGGCGCGCGCCUGAGGAGAGGGGACGCCGGCCCGGUCAGGCCUCGGCGCGGCCUACACGCUUCGCUCGCUCGCUCGCUCCCGCCUCCCGCCCCGCGCCCGGCCAUGGCGGAGCCUUCGUCCGCCCGACGCCCGGUGCCUCUCAUCGAGUCGGAGCUGUACUUCCUCAUCGCCCGGUACCUAUCGGCGGGCCCGUGUCGGAGAGCGGCCCAGGUGCUGGUGCAGGAGCUGGAGCAGUACCAGUUGUUGCCGAAGAGGUUGGACUGGGAGGGCAACGAGCACAACAGGAGCUACGAGGAAUUGGUCUUGUCCAAUAAGCAUGUGGCUCCUGAUCAUCUGUUGCAAAUCUGCCAACGCAUCGGGCCUAUGUUGGAUAAAGAAAUUCCACCCAGUAUUUCAAGAGUCACUUCUUUACUUGGUGCAGGAAGGCAGUCUUUGCUACGUACAGCAAAAGACUGCAGGCACACAGUUUGGAAGGGCUCUGCCUUUGCUGCUCUUCAUAGAGGAAGACCUCCUGAAAUGCCAGUGAAUUAUGGUUCCCCACCUAAUCUUGUGGAGAUACAUCGAGGAAAACAACUCACAGGGUGUUCUACUUUUAGUACAGCAUUUCCAGGAACUAUGUAUCAACAUAUAAAAAUGCACAGAAGGAUUCUCGGACAUCUAUCUGCUGUUUACUGUGUAGCAUUUGAUAGGACAGGACAUAGAAUCUUUACAGGUUCAGAUGAUUGUUUGGUAAAGAUUUGGUCAACACAUAAUGGCCGCUUGUUAUCUACAUUAAGAGGCCAUUCUGCAGAAAUAUCAGAUAUGGCAGUAAACUAUGAGAAUACAAUGAUUGCUGCGGGGAGCUGUGAUAAAAUUAUUAGAGUGUGGUGCUUGAGGACUUGUGCCCCAGUUGCUGUGCUCCAAGGACACACAGGAUCAAUUACAUCUUUACAGUUUAGCCCGAUGGCUAAAGGCUGUCAAAGAUACAUGGUUUCCACUGGUGCUGAUGGGACAGUUUGCUUUUGGCAAUGGGAUUUAGAAUCCUUGAAAUUUAGCCCACGUCCCCUGAAGUUCACUGAAAAGCCUAGGCCAGGCGUUCAAAUGCUUUGUUCUUCUUUUAGUGUUGGUGGUAUGUUUUUAGCCACAGGUAGUACUGAUCAUGUAAUCAGAAUGUAUUUUUUGGGUUUUGAAGCACCUGAAAAAAUCGCGGAACUUGAAAGCCACACUGAUAAAGUAGAUAGUAUCCAAUUUUGUAACAAUGGUGAUCGGUUCCUAAGUGGUAGCAGAGAUGGAACAGCACGGAUUUGGAGAUUUGAGCAGUUAGAAUGGAGGAGCAUUUUAUUGGAUAUGUCUACUAGAAUCUCAGGGGACUUAUCUUCGGAAGAGGAAAGAUUUAUGAAGCCUAAAGUAACAAUGAUAGCUUGGAAUCAAAAUGAUAGCAUUGUUGUCACAGCUGUGAAUGAUCAUGUCCUCAAAGUGUGGAAUUCCUACACUGGACAGUUGCUUCAUAACUUACUGGGACAUGCUGAUGAAGUAUUUGUUUUGGAGACACAUCCCUUUGAUUCCAGAAUUAUGUUAUCUGCAGGACACGAUGGCAGCAUAUUUAUAUGGGAUAUUACAAAAGGUACCAAGAUGAAACAUUAUUUUAAUAUGAUUGAAGGACAAGGACAUGGAGCUGUGUUUGACUGUAAGUUUUCACAGGAUGGACAGCAUUUUGCUUGUACAGAUUCUCAUGGACACCUUCUGAUAUUUGGUUUUGGAUGCAGCAAACCAUAUGAAAAGAUUCCUGAUCAGAUGUUCUUCCAUACUGACUAUCGACCACUUAUUAGAGAUUCUAAUAAUUAUGUCUUAGAUGAGCAAACUCAGCAGGCUCCUCAUCUUAUGCCUCCACCAUUCUUGGUAGAUGUAGAUGGAAAUCCUCAUCCAACUAAGUAUCAGAGAUUAGUACCAGGCCGAGAAAAUUGUGCAGAUGAACAUUUGGUUCCACAGCUGGGCUAUGUGGCAACAAGUGAUGGAGAGGUAAUUGAACAAAUUAUAAGUCUGCAAACCAAUGAUAAUGAUGAACGCAGCCCAGAAUCGAGUAUUCUUGAUGGAAUGAUAAGACAGUUGCAGCAGCAGCAAGAUCAGAGAAUGGGAGCAGAUCAGGAUACUAUUCCAAGUGGACUUUCACAUGGUGAAGAAACACCCCGGAGAGGUAAUAAAGGUAUUUACAUUUGUAGGAAGCUGGAAGACUUCCGAUUAGAGAAAGGUGAAGAGGAAAGAAAUCUUUAUAUCAUAGGAAGAAAAAGAAAGACUCUCCAGCUCUCACAUAAGUCAGAUUCAGUGGUUUUGGCAUCACAGUUUAGACAAAGGACAUGUAGGCGUAAAUAUCCAAAUUAUGGUAGAAGAAAUCUUAGCUGGCGCCAGUUAUCUUCUGGAAAUGAGUCUUCAAGCUCCGUAAGACAUGAGACUUCCUGUGAUCAAAGUGAAGGUUCUUGUUCUUCGGAAGAAGAUGAAUGGAGAAGUGAUAGAAAAAGUGAAAGUUACAGCGAAAGUUCAAGUGAUUCUUCAUCUAGAUAUUCCGAUUGGACAGCUGAUGCAGGCAUCAAUUUGCAGCCUCCUUUAAGAACAUCAUGUCGUCGACGAAUUACUCGAUUUUGUAGUAGUUCAGAAGACGAAAUAUCUGCUGAGAAUGUAUCUCCUCCAAAAAGAAGACGAAAGAGAAAGAAAGAAAAUAAGCCUACAAAAGAGAAUUUGCGGAGGAUGACUCCAGCAGAGCUUGCAAAUAUGGAACAUUUAUAUGAAUUUCAUCCUCCAGUUUGGAUUACUGACACCACACUUAGAAAAUCUCCUUUUGUUCCUCAAAUGGGUGAUGAGGUUAUAUAUUUUCGACAGGGUCAUGAAGCUUAUAUUGAGGCUGUGAGAAGAAAUAACAUUUAUGAACUGAACCCUAAUAAGGAGCCAUGGAGAAAAAUGGAUCUUAGGGAUCAAGAAUUGGUUAAAAUAGUUGGAAUACGAUAUGAAGUUGGGCCUCCUACACUCUGUUGCCUCAAACUAGCAUUUAUAGAUCCAGCAACUGGAAAACUUAUGGACAAGUCUUUCUCUAUUAGGUACCAUGAUAUGCCAGAUGUUAUUGACUUUCUUGUACUGCGUCAAUUUUAUGAUGAAGCAAGACAGAGGAAUUGGCAGUCUUGUGACAGAUUCCGCUCUAUUAUUGAUGAUGCUUGGUGGUUUGGAACAGUGUUAAGUCAAGAGCCAUAUCAACCACAGUAUCCUGAUAGUCAUUUCCAGUGUUAUGUUGUUAGGUGGGAUAAUACUGAAAUUGAAAAACUUAGCCCUUGGGACAUGGAACCAAUUCCUGAUAAUGUUGACCCACCUGAAGAAUUGGGGGCUAGUAUUUCUGUCACAUCAGAUGAGCUAGAAAAAUUGCUCUAUAAACCACAAGCUGGUGAAUGGGGUCAGAAAUCACGAGAUGAAGAAUGCGAUAGAAUUAUCAGUGGUAUAGAUCAACUUUUGAAUCUCGAUAUAGCAGCUGCUUUUGCAGGCCCUGUUGAUCUGUGUACAUAUCCGAAGUACUGUACUGUAGUAGCUUAUCCAACUGAUCUUUACACAAUUCGAAAGAGACUUGUUAAUCGAUUUUACAGGAGGCUGUCUGCGUUAGUUUGGGAAGUCAGAUAUAUAGAACAUAAUGCCAGAACAUUUAAUGAACCUGAGAGUGUAAUUGCAAGAUCAGCUAAAAAGAUAACUGACCAACUUUUAAAAUUUAUCAAGAAUCAACAUUGUACAAACAUCUCAGAAGUUUCUAACACAUCUGAAAAUGAUGAGCAAAAUGCUGAGGAUUUGGAUGAUAGCGAUCUUCCUAAAACAUCUUGUGGAAGAAGGAGAGUGCAUGAUGGGAAAAAAAGCAUCAGAGCUACCAACUGUGUUGAAAGCAACUGGAAGAAACAGUGUAAGGAACUAGUGAACUUAAUUUUUCAGUGUGAAGAUUCUGAACCAUUUAGACAACCUGUUGAUUUGGUUGAAUAUCCAGACUACAGAGAUAUUAUAGAUACCCCAAUGGAUUUUGGAACAGUAAGGGAAACUCUAGAUGCGGGAAAUUAUGACAGCCCUUUGGAGUUUUGCAAAGACAUCCGGUUGAUAUUUAGCAAUGCAAAAGCAUAUACACCAAACAAAAGAUCAAAGAUUUAUAGUAUGACCUUGAGAUUAUCUGCCUUAUUUGAAGAAAAAAUGAAGAAAAUCUCUUCUGAUUUUAAAAUUGGUCAAAAAUUCAAUGAAAAACUUCGAAGAAGCCAGAGAUUCAAGCAGCGGCAAAAUUGUAAAGGUGACACUCAGCCUAACAAAAGUAUCAGAAAUCUCAAGCAGAAGAGGUUAAAAUCUCAGACAAAAAUAAUUCCUGAGUUGGUAGGUUCUCCUACCCAGUCUACCUCAAGUAGGACAGCUUAUCCUGGAACCCACAAGACAAGUGCUGGUAUCUCUUCAGGUGUUACUUCUGGUGACUCUUCAGAUUCAGCAGAAUCAUCAGAAAGAAGGAGAAGAAACAGACCAAUAACAAAUGGUUCUGCAUUAUCUGAAAGUGAAAUGGAAGAUUCUUUAGCUACCUCUUUAUCAUCGUCAGCUUCCAGUAGUUCUGAGGAAAUCAAAGAGAAUUCAAGAGCUCGUGAUUCCUUCUUACGUAGUGGGCUAUCCAGAAGCAGCAAUCUCAGGGUAACCAGAACUAGAGCUGCUCAAAGAAAAACUGGUCCUGUUUCAUUAGAAAAUGGAUGUGGCAGAAAAGCUACUCGAAAGAGAGUCUAUUUAAGUGAUUCUGAUAACAAUUCAUUGGAGACGGGUGAAAUUCUAAAAGCCAGAGCUGGAAAUAACCGAAAAGUCUUACGGAAGUGUGCUGCUGUGGCUGCCAAUAAGAUAAAGCUAAUGAGUGAUGUAGAAGAGAAUUCUAGCUCUGAAAGUGUCUGUUCUGGUCGGAAGCUGCCUCACCGCAAUGCUUCUGCUGUAGCUAGAAAAAAGUUAUUACAUAAUUCUGAAGAUGAUCAGAGCUUAAAGUCAGAAAUAGAAGAAGAGGAGCUAAAAGAUCAAAAUCAACCAUUACCAGUGUCUAAUUCUGAUGCUGCCCAGAGUAAUGUUGAUGAAUCUGAAAACAGAGAUUCAGAGUCAGAAAGUGAUUUGCGGGUAGCCCGGAAAAAUUGGCAUGCUAAUGGUUACAAGUCUCAUUUUCCAGCACCUUCUAAAACAAAAUUUCUUAAAAUAGAGUCUUCUGAGGAAGACUCUAAAAGUCAUGAUUCAGAUGAUGAAUGUAACAGAACUGCUGGCCCAUCGACAUCUGUGCAGAAAAUUAAGGCAGAGAGCAUCUCAGAGGAAGCAGAUUCUGAACCAGGAAAAUCUGGUGGUAGGAAAUACAAUACAUUUCACAAGAAUGUGAGUUUCUUUAAAAAAGCAAAGAUUUUGAGUGAUUCAGAAGACUCAGAAUCUGAAGAGCAGGAGCAGGAUAGAGAAGAUGAGAAGUGUCAUAAAAUGGAAGUGAACCCAAUUUCAGGAAAUGUGAAUUGUGACCCCAUUGCUGUGUCCCAGUGUUUCUCAGAUCAUGUAUCUGAAACUGAUUUAGAUUCAGAUGAUGACAAAAAAGAAAAACCAAACAAUUUUAUGAAAGAUUCUACAUCACAAGACAAUGGACAAAGCAGAAAAAUUUCCAAGAAAAGGGUCUGUUCCAGUGACUCAGACAGCAGUUUACAGGUGGUUAAGAAAUCAACAAAAGCCAGAACAGGUCUCCUAAGGAUUACUCGAAGAUGUGCAGCCACGGCUGCCAAUAAGAUCAAGCUCAUGAGUGAUGUUGAAGAUGUCAGUUUAGAAAAUGUAUGCACUAGAAGCAAAAAUGGAAGGAAAAAACCUCUCCAUCUUGCUUGUACUACAUCUAAGAAGAAAUUGGGUGAUUGUGAGGGAAGUGUACAUUGUGAAAUGCCAAGUGAACAGUGUGCCUCUGACGACAAGCUGCCUGAUCCUGUCUCCGAGGGUAGUACAAAAGUGCUUAGUCAGGCUGUAAAUGGAGACUCAGACUCUGAAGGUAUGUUGAAUUCUGAACACAAGCACAGGGAUACCAAUAUUCACAAAAUAGAUGCACCUUCUAAAAGGAAAAGUUCCUCUGUUGCAUCUUCAGAAGAAGAUUCAAAAAGUCAUAUUCCAGGGAGUGAGAUUGAUAGGACAUUUUCUUCUGAGUCAACUUUGGCACAGAAAGCUACUGCAGAGAAUAAUUUUGAAGUGGAACUGAAUUAUGGGCUACGCAGGUGGAAUGGCAGAAGACUCAGGACCUAUGGAAAGGCUCCUUUCAGUAAGACAAAAGUGAUUCAUGAUUCACAGGAAGCUGCAGAGAAGGAAGUAAAAAGGAAGAGAUUGCAUCCUGAACUGGAAAAUUUGAAAAUCUCUGAAACAACUGGGAAUUCAAAGUUGAGACCUGAUACUAGUUCCAAAUCGUCAGAUUUGGGAUCUGUAACUGAAUCAGAUAUUGACUGUACUGAUAAUACAAAAACCAAAAGGAGGAAAACGAAAGGAAAAGCAAAAGUAGUUAGAAAAGAAUUUGUUCCUAGAGACAGAGAACCCAAUACAAAAGUGAGAACAUGUAUGCAUAAUGAGAAGGAUGCAGUGCAGAUGCCUAGUGAAACUCUGAAAGCAAAAAUGGUACCUGAGAAAGUUCCCCGCAGAUGUGCUACUGUUGCUGCAAAUAAAAUAAAGAUAAUGAGUAAUCUAAAAGAAACGAUCUCAGGACCAGAAAAUGUCUGGAUUAGGAAGAGUAGCAGAAAACUGCCCCAUCGAAAUGCUUCUGCUGCGGCUAAGAAAAAAUUACUGAAUGUUUAUAAAGAGGAUGAUACAACCAUAAAUUCUGAAAGUGAAAAAGAGCUAGAAGAUACUAAUAGCAAAGUGCUUUUUUUAAGGGGGUUCAGAUCCUGGAAAGAAAAUGCACAAUAGUGACUAUGAGAAUGUAGAAGUGGUAUCUGAAAACAACUGGGCCACAAGUAAACUGGCAGUUACAUUCUGCCCCCAGCUCUAAAAUUAAUCCCUGAUUGGCAUCUUCGGAGGAAUUUUCUAAAGGCCAUAAUCCAGUGGGUUCCUCCCAGUCAGCUCUUGAACAAACAUGUGCUCUAGGGAAUUCUGAAGAGGAAAUAGAUUGCAGAGUCUGUAGGUGGAGAGGUUGAAAGAAAAGACAAGUGGCCUGCUAUAAGACUACUAUUCUUCUUUCCAGAAAGCAAGGCCUUGAAGACUUGAUUCCAUAGAGGAAAAAUAUUAUGGGAAGUGUACAGGCUAGGAACACCUUGGAGUGAACAAAUUUCAAAAUCUCAACCUGAUGCUAAUUUUAAGGGUUCUCCAGUACAGAGUAAAGAUUCAGACCAUGACAAUUAUGGUGUCAUGAGGAAAAAAUAUUAGGCACUUUUCCAAAGGAAGUGCUAAUGGGCCUAUUUGACUUUUGAGUGAAGCAAAAACUCUACCCAGAUUCACUCCCUACAGUUCACAUCCCCAAAGGUCAAAAACAAACUAGGAGGAUGUGAGAAAAAAAAUAGCUUGAGAUGCUGAUUACUGAGUUCUGAAGUAGAGUGUUGGAAAUAGGCAAUUAGAUAAAGUCCGUUCAUGUCAUUUUGUUUAUAAUAUUGGAGAUUGUACUGAAUGACCACUUGAUAUGACUAAUUCAGGGAGUAUAUAUUUUUCUAUGAAAGCUAUGAAUGUUACUACCACAGCUAUUCCUUAUUUUUCCUUUUAUGUAGCAGCAUUUACAGAAAUGCCAAAAAUGUGCCUCAUUAAGAGGCAGGUCUUAAGUAUUAAUCAGUUAAAAAAAUAAAAGGUAUAGCUCAAGAUCAAAACAGUCAUAUUUUUAGAUGAUACAGUGAAUCUUUUAUGUUUCUCUACAGCACCUUAAAAAUUAGAACUUGAAUACUUUGAAUAAAUUUAUUACAAUCUCAUCCCAACAAACUUUAAUGGUUGCAUGCUUGGCCUAUUUAAUUGUGGCCUCCGCUAGGAUUAGAAAAUCUGGUCGUGGUACAACAAAGAAUGUAUUUGCAAUAGGAUUUAAUUUGUUGUUUAUAUGAAUUGGUUGAAAUUAAAAUUGCCAGAUUAAAUAAAUGUACCGUCACAUCUUUUUAACAUAGUAACGUGUUACUGGAAAAAUUAAGUUGUUGAAAGUAAGCUGUUUCUCAUUUAAAAAUACCUGAAUAUUAAUAUAUGAUUUGCAUGUGUAAAUUUGAAAAAGUAAACUACAGAAACCUAGAGGUUUCUAUUUUUUAAGACAAAUGCAUUUUUUUUUUUUUUUGGUUAUACAGAUGUAUCAAGUGUCUAAAAUACUUCAGAAAUUUGUGGUUGCAUGUCUGUUUUUUUAAAAAAAGGCUUUUUGUUUUUUAGCAUAAGCCAGACUAUUCUAACCUACUAAGUCUCUGUUCUUUGCUCCUUUUGUAGUAUACUUUUAUCUAAACUAUCCCUAUUAUGUUGAUGCACAGGUGAGAAAGGGAAGAUAAUUCCUAAUAAACUGCUAUUACUUUUA